AUGGGUCCGUCUCUGAGAGACCACUCCUUUCGUCCGUCCACUCGCGACCGCCCACCAACCCGUGAACAGGGCGAAAACUCGCUGGUCGUUCCCAGUCGCACUUCAUCGCUACAUUCUCGCAUCACACAGCCGAUCCCCUCGCAGGCCAACUUAAAACCGGCGCAACGGACGCCGAAAACUCUCACUCAUGCGUAUAUGGUAUGCGGUGUCGGGCGCGAGCCCGCCCAGUGGGUGAAGGCGCCCGCCCCUUCUCAGGGGAAGAUCGGUCAUAUGAAGGGAGCCGUGGGACAGUUUUGGCUGCCAGAGAUCUUGGGGAGCAGUCCCCGCCUGGAGCAGGACAAUGAAAUCGCGAAAGCUUUACAUUCCGCUAUGAGGGCCUGCUUCCCUCACGAUGUCGAGAUCUGCACCGGCAAGAAUCAACCGCACUGUGUUCACCAUGCCUUCGUCCUGCAGCAGGACUCAUCACACACACUCUACGGCAUUGCCCUCCGCGUCUGGUCCCGAGCCGACGAGAAGCGUGCUGAGACGAUUCGCGAACUGCGUAAGAAGACAGAGUCGGACUACUACGACAACCCCGAUGAGACGUACUGGAUCCCCUACUGCCUGAGCUUCCUCUCUCGAUAUCCAUUGUACGACCUUCUGGGCGACUAUCUUCGUGGAAUGUGGAUCCACUGGAACAAGGCUACGAACCUGUUCCAUGCUGAGGAAGUCUCCCGCAUUCUCAGCUUCCCCGCCCCGCGCCUCAACGACCUUGUUCGGAUCGACAUGAAGGACUAUGCGCUCUGCUACCAGUUCCCGUCCUCUCCGACCGGCUUCCAGAAUUUCGCCAUGUGGCCCCUCUUCACCUGUCUCUCAAUCCCCAACAUUGUCGGCGUCAUCGAAGCCGCCGUAUCUCCCACUCGCCGCAUUAUCUUUGUCAGCCACUACUCGGCCAUGCUCACCAUCGCCGCUGAAACUAUCCGCUACUGCGUUCGCGUUUACGAAUGGAGUGGUCUAUACGUACCGAUGGUCCAUGCCCGCCACAUCAAGGAUCUUGUGCAGGAGCCUGGACCUUACAUUCUUGGUGUGACGGCCGAAUGCCGAACACUCUUCAACGCACCAUCCGAUGCUCUGGUGGUCGACCUGGAUAGGAACUUUGUGCUCACCUCCAGCCCCCCAAAUAUCCUGAACCCUGGUCAGCGCACAAAGUUCAUCAACCGCUUGACGCAGGCGUUGAACGGCGAUGUUUCUCCGUCCGGUGUUCCAAACCAUCUUCGUUCUGCAUACGCGGGCGGCAAGCUCAUUCCCGCUGGCCAGAUUAUUGUUAUGAGGGGCGAGGUUGAGAGUGUCGAGCAACCCGAGUGGUGGAACCAGGAUGCGGUCAUGGGUGUGAUGGACCACGUCUGCGAGAAACUGGGACGCAACACCGGUAUGAAAGCCAUCUUUGGCGGCUCAGUGAAGAAGCCUCUCAUGACCAAGGUGUCCAUGAGGCAUCUGAACGAGAUCGUCCGCGAGCGUAACCAGUACUCUCGUGACGCAAUGGAGGCAUGGCAAGACUAUAUCAACCUCAAGGGCCGCAUGGAUACCGAGAUUGGCAAGGUCACCAAGCGCAACAACUUCUUGGUUGAGGAAUUGGAGACCUGGAAGCAGCAGUUCCUCAAGUUCCAGGCCUUUGCUGAGCAGCUUACGAAGGAAACCAGCGAGCUCAAGGUGAAGAUCGAGAACCACAAGCGUGAGAACCGCCGCCUGUCUGGUCUCAUCGACCAACAAAAGGACGAUGUCACUCGUCUUACUCUGCGUCUAUCCGGCACUGAGAGGCAACGCGACGACGCUCUCGAGGCUUUGGUUCUCCAGCAGGAGAUUGCGGAAGAGUUGGAGCGUGAGCGCAAGCGCAACCAAAAGGAGCUUGCUGCCUUGCAGCACACCUCAUCUUCUCUUGCACGCCAGCGUGACGACGCCCAACGGGUUGUCCUGCACCUGCGUAGCUUGAUCAACGGCAAGUCCCACCACAUGGAACACCUCGUCCGCUCGAUCGGCAGCUCGGCGGAACUCGACGAACUGGCGGAGCAGGAGGCCGCGGAGGAGCAGGCUGAGGAGCGCGCGGAGACUGCCAAGGGUGGCAAGACAGGUGAUUCCUCUAAUGGUGUGUCGAACUUCAACCCGGACCUAGAGCAACACCUGCUGAACAUUGGUCAACCAGAACGCCGUCUUGCGCGCCUUAGCGUGACUGAUGUUGCUGAUCGCUACCUGCGCGACAAGACAGAUGCCAUCUCAGAUAUCAUCCGCAGCAUCAGUGAGCAGUGUGCCGCUGCUGUUGAGGGCUUGCAGCUUGCCCAGGAUGCGGAGGAUGGCGAUGCCGCGGGGCCACAAAAGGUCACCCUCGAGCCACGAGGAAUGAUGACUCCCCGAGAGGGCAGUGAGAUGGGCGAUAGCGAAGUUAGCACACUUCACCCUGACGGUCGAACAAGCGUUCCUCCUACACCCGACCUCAUCCACAACCGGUCAAGCACUUCGAUGUCCAUGAUCAGCAGUUCGACGUUCCCAGAAAGGUCCAGCCAACAGUAUGGGCCUGGGGAUAUCCCUACCCGGAUCGUCGAGGACGACGACGAGCACGCCCAUGAGACGGACGGUCUUGACAGCGCAACCGAGACUGGCACUCUCUCCAAGCACUCCAGCGAGGACCUCAUGCGAACCACUCCUCGAAUGCUCGCGUGA